AUGAGUGAUCCAGUAGAGACCCUCAGCACGGGCUCAGCCUUCUAUGUCACCCCCAAGGGCCGUAUGGUCCUCGGCGAAGGCGUCAUUUAUCGAGCUAGCGAUUCCACUUUACACUGGUUUGACUGUCUCUCUUCCCCAGCCGAAUUAUACAUUCUCCCAGUCGAUCCCGAGACAGGAUCUGCCACGGGACCGGCCCGUAUUCUACCACUGUCAGACAGUGUGACCAUUGCGGCAUUUCGUCAGAACAAACCGCGCAGCUACAUCGCGGCCUAUUACCAAGGCGUGUGCUUUUUAGACGAGGAGACCGGGAAAUUGGAGGUGGCGUGUGAGAUCAUUCCAUCCGCGGAGCGGAGUCAACGCCGGUUUAAUGAUGGCGGUGUCGAUGCAGCUGGACGGUUCUGGUUAGCGGAGAAUGAUCUUGCAGCGACUGCUUUCCCCCUGGAAAACUACCGGCGGACUAUGGGGUUCCCAGGGGUCGUCUGUGGAGUGUACCUGAAUGACUCUGUCGGUAUGAAAAUCACGGCGCUUGACUUUGAUCUUGCCUCGGGGAGCAUUUCAAACCCGCGAACUCUUGUUGACUUCCGAGGGACGAGUGGAGAACCGGAUGGAAUGGUUCUAGAUGUGGAGGGUAAUUUGUGGGUAGCGGUCUAUGGAACCAGUCAUAUCAUGGUCUUCACGCCACAGGGCAAGCUCUUGAAACAAAUAGCACUGCCGGCGAUGUAUCCAACGUGUCCAACAUGGGGAGGUAAGAAUCAGGAUAUCCUAUAUAUCACAACUGCAAAAGACCGCACAGAGACUCCGGAUCCAAAUGAUGAGGGCGGCCAUAUGUAUAUGGCUCAUGUUGGUAAGGUGCAAGGCCAGGUCAAGCACGAGUUUCGCGGUUGA